AUGUCGGGUCUCAGAGUACUCCACUCGAGCUGCCUACUCAUAUUGAUCUUGUCAGCAGGCCUCGGGUCCUGUAAAUGGCAAGACAUAUUCAGUGAUUUCAAAGAUGUGAACCAAGCCUUGAUGAGACAGUUCUUGCCCGUGGUCCAGGAGGCGCUCUUCACGGCGGACGUGCGGUCCGAGUGCUCCGGUGCUUUGUUAAAAUUGCUGUCUUCAACAAGAGAAGGGAAAGCAUGGGCUGUGAAGUUUCUCACGAGCAAUGGGGUGUUCCCUGUCGCCCCUCUGUACGGUACGAUGGGAGCCCCUGGACACUACAGGCAAUGCGUGACCGCGAAAUCUCCCAGCGGAGAGAACAGCUUCCAGGGACAGUAUUGCACACUUCUGAUAGACCCGCAUCAGGAUUUGCUGCAGACGUUCCUUAAUUUCACGAUCGAGAACGGAGAUCUGGCCCCUGGCACGAGAGUCACGAAGAAUAUCAACUAUGACCAUUUGUCGAUCCGGUCUCAUUUCGGAAUUUGUGUACCGUCUACAUGCGACGGCGAUGAGAUUGCUGCGAUCGCGUCCCUCGCAACGGCUAAGUACGAGAUGGGGAUUAGGGUCGACGGUUGCCAGACAUUGGAGAGUGAAUACGAGAGAGAUUCGAUCUACUACGUGGCUUGCACAACGGCGUUCAUCCUCAUCGGACUCGGCUUGUUUUGCGGAAUUUUAAGAUGUGUCCCGCAGUUCGAUUCCGUGAAAUGGAGCGGCGUCUUCGCACUCCAAACGGGAUACUAUCAUCUCACUAAAUCUGUCGCGCCUAAGGAUAAGAAUCUGGCGUUUGUGGGAGGCAUCCGCGCAUUGAUGGCGUUCUGGGUAGUACUUGGUCAUACCUACUUCAUGAACGAUCCCCAAGCGACUUAUACCCUAAAGGAAGCUUUCGUCACCAUACAGACAUUCUAUGGACAGAUUGUAUCGACGGGUGGAUUCUUGAGCGUGUCUACGUUCUUUUCGCUGAGCGGUUUCAUGCUGUUCUACAGCUUGGUUGCUCGGCAAAAAGCGCACUCUGGCUUCGCGCUAUACGUCGUUGCCGUAUUCAGACGAUACGUUCGGUUGACGAUUCCUGCGAUUCUCGUCGUCUUGAUGACUUUGAUUCUUCCAUCUAUUGUGCACGGGGUUUAUACGAAUCAUUUCUUCACGAUGUACACGUCCGCUUGCUACACAGACUGGUGGAGAGUCUUGACCUAUUCGAAUACCUUCGCAACACUCGACAAAAUGUGUCUCUUCCAUUACUGGUUCCUAUCCGCUGACAUGCAAAUGUUCAUUGCCCUGACGCCUUUCGUUCUUCUAUACAUUCGGCAUCCUCGGGCUGUAACUUCGUUCUGGAUAGUCUGUAUGCUCCUCGGCUGCAGCUGGACCGUUUACAGGACCGAAGCUGAAAACCUGCCAUCAUUUGGCUUAUUCACCGCCGACUGGAUGCUGUUCUACGAAUUCAUCCAUUUGAUAUACACGAGAACCGCUGCUCAUUUGGCGGACUUCGUAUGCGGAAUACUCACAGCUGUACUCGUUCACAAAAAUCCAGACCUGAAGCUGAGUCCAAUCGUCCGGCUGCUGUCCGUUUCACUGAGUCUUUUGAUCGCGUUCCUCGUCAUCGAAUUCCCGAUGCUCUUUUACAGUGACGUCUCAGUCCCUCAUGCUUUCGAUCUCUUAUACGCUGGCGCCAACAGAUUACUUUGGAGCAUGGCCUGUUGCUGUCUGGUCUUCCUCAUGGCCACUGGCAACUUGCAAUGCAUGUCGGAUUUGCUGUCAAGCAAGCCCCUCGUGAUUCUUGGUCGACUGUCGUUCGGAACGUAUCUCGUCCAUGUGCCAGUCAUGCUCUACUUCAUGGGAGCUGCCUCUGCGCCAGCUCAAUUCUCCCACAUGAUUCUGCUACGGGUUGGCUUUGGCAACUGGCUCAUCAGCAUUUGUCUCGCUCUGGUCUUGUACAUGUUCGUUGAAUCUCCGACUGCGCAGAUCGACUCGAUGAUGUGGAACAAACGAACGGAAACGAGCAAAACCAAAGCGAGCAACGGCUUUUCGCUCAACAAGAAAAUCGACGCCUCCACGGGCUUGAAGGAAAUAAAAGUGGAAGCCCCGACAAAGCUCUGA